UGCGACGUUGUUUGGGACAAUUUAGACCAGGGACUUGCCACUAGGAUCCAGAAAUUACAAAAUCGAGCACGCAUAAUAACCUUUCAAGGUUAUGACGUUCGUUCAGCACAAAUACGAAAACAACUAAACUGGGAAGAGCUUGCCUCAAGGCGUCAAAGGCACUUAAGUCUAUUAAUGUAUGAUACAGUGAAUGGAAAUAUACCUAGUUACUUAAGCGAUCUUUUCUCGAAUGUCUGUGAGAACAACCCUUAUAAGUCUAUGCUAAGACAUGCGGAAUAUAAUGUUGUACUGGACCACGUUCCAAAAACAGAAUAUUAUAAGGGGUCUUUCUCAUACAGAGGAGGAAUGCUGUGGAAUUCUUUACCAAAUGACAUAAAAGCGUCCCAAUCUAAAGCUAUCUUUAAAAGAAAACUGGCUAGUAGGCAGGCAAGCUGUUGACUACAUUUUACUAUAUUUUAUUAUUUGUACAUAUUUUUAGUGUAGUUGUACAGUAUUUACUUCUGUUUCUAUACGGCUUUCAUGUAAAGAAGUUAUGUAA